AGAACAGAGUUUGUAUUCGCUAGGAGAAUACACCGGAAGCGGAAAGAGUUGGGUUCGUGGAAGCAGCAACAUUUGCAACAACCCUCAAAAUGUGGCACGAAGCUCGCAAACAGGAAAAGAAGAUCCGCGGCAUGCUGGUCGAUUAUCGGAAGCGGGCCGAACGACGGCAGGACUUCUACGAGCGUAUUAAAGCCGACCCGACACAGUUCCUUCAAGUGCAUGGACGCAAAUGCAAAAUUCACCUGGACGCUAGCGUCGCGACAGCUGCCGAGAAUCCUGCAAUCAUGAUGCCAUGGCAGGGCCAGAAGGACAAUCUGAUCGAUCGGUUUGAUGUGCGUGCGCAUCUAGACUACAUACCGCCGGUGCCACGUACCAACCCGGAUCAGCCCGACCCUCUCGAGGAUGAUUCGGACGAACGGGCGAUGAAUUACGAACGAUACCGGGUGCUGGCCCAGAACGAAUUUCUCGGAAUUGUGGAAGAAAAGUACCUUCAUCAACUGUAUCUGGAGGAACAGUUCGGAGUGAAUGCACAGAUCGAGGCAGAAACGAAGGCUGGGGCUGCUGCAGCAAAAAAGAAAUCUUCAGCCGGAGCCGCCAUCGGUUACACGUACGAAGAAACGGAAACAGUUCCGGGUGGAUCGUCAGGAUCGUCGAGCCUCGUUUCUGGUGGUCUUGGAAGCGGAAGCAGCGUACCGUUCGUACAAUCGAUAACGGCCAUUGAAAAAGCUUCCGAAUCAUCGGCCACGUUAGCUAGUUCGAGUGCACCGCCAGCAACGGCUCGAUUCGACGAGUGCAUGAAGGACGAUUCUGAUUCUGAUCUCGAUAUGGAUGUGUCGAUUGAUAUCAACAAAAUAGGCACUAACCAAGCGCACGAACUAAACGCCUGUGGUCGGCAGUAUGGAAUGAAGAGCAAUGAUUUCUAUUCCUUCCUGACGAAAGACUCCGAUGAAGCGGAAACGUUGCGUUUGGCGCGGGAAGAAGAACAGGAGAAGAUCAUGUUCAGUGGGCGCAAAAGUCGUCGAGAGCGAAGAGCGCAACGCGAACGGAAGGUAGCGGGAAGGCCACUUAGUCCACCGAGCUACGCAGCCAAAGAGGAGCUAGUGCCGCGCACGUUUGUCGAAGCGAACGAUAGCUCGCGGUCACCUUCGCCGGUAAAUUCGGGCAAGAUAACGUACAUUACUUCGUUCGGUGGCGAGGAAGAGUUGCAGCCACACGGGAAAAUUUCAUUUGGAUUUUCGCGUGAAAUGAGCACGCUAGGAGGUAUAGCUGGCACGUCGAAAGCGGCUCGAUUGCGUUCGGGAGCGGCCGGGGCCGGUGCGGAAGCUACCGGUACAUUAAGCUAUGCGGAUAAAGUGAAGCAAAAUUUGGAAAAGCUUAAAACGCAACAACAGAAGGAGAGUGAUCGGAAGCCACCGGUGCAGUAUCAACGUUCGGCGGCUAGUGGAGGACGGGGAAGAAGUAGCAGAAGCAGUAGUAGGAGUAGUAGCCGCAGCCGUGGACGAAGUCGACGUCAUCGGAGAAGCUCUAGUAGUAGCCGAAGUCGAAGUCGAAGUCGCAGCCGGGAUCGUAGUCGGAGCCGGAGUAGACGACGUUUAAGAGGCAACGCAGCGGGCAGAAGUCGAUCACGGUCGAGAAGUGGUGGCGGUCGAGGUACAACUCGAUCAACUUACUCGCGAUAUCGGCGGCGCUCGAAAACAAAAUCACGAUCACGGUCACGAUCAAGGUCUCGGUCGCGUACACGAACUAAAGCUUCUCGCUGGAGUCCGCGACGAAGGUAUCCUGGUGGGCAUUCAUCGUCUCGACGCAAGUCACGUUCUUCUUCUUCCUCUUCAUCAUCUACCUCAUCAUCGCGAUCACGCUCCAGAACUCCAGCUCGUCGUACUCAAGUGUCGCGAACGAAACGAAGAUCCGGUGCAGAAUCGGAUAAUGAUUCGUUGCGUGUCUCCAGAAAACCGCCAAUAAGCCAAACUACAACGAGCACGACGACAACUACGGCAACUACGACAGUAACGCUGGAAAAGCCUUCUCUCGUUGUGCCACACACGUUGCUCAGUGCUCCACCGCCUCCACCACCACCACCUUUACCGUUGCCAACAACUGCCGAAGUGCCGAUGGAUGAAAAGAAACCGAUACCAGCACUGGCAUUAAUUGAGCCUGAACCGGAGGUCCCUAUCAAACGGUACUACGGACGAAGAAGAGGCGAUGAAAGUUCUAGCGAUGAAGCGAGCACAUCCGGCGACGAUACAAACGGUGACGAUCGUAAACCAGCGAUCAUUUCCGCACUGCAAGCAACCGAUGCGGGUCUUCGAGCGGACGAAACGAGCGGCACGGGAAGCGUCAUUAAAUCCUCCUUCGACAUGAUGGUACCGAUUAAGCAAGAGAAACUGGAACCAGCCGACCCGGUCGGUGUUGGACCGGCCGGUGGUGGCAGCGGUGUCGGUGGAAGCACAUCGUUAAGGUUUGGUAAAACGGUCACUGGUGGCACCAGCGCUCCCGAAUCCAAAGUCAUAGGUACGGGGGUUAGCUCCGCCACGGCUGGCACCGGUCCCACAUCGAAAUCGGUUAACCCUCGCGAUCGUCUCAAGCGCAAGAUGCAGAUCCUGCUGAACAAACAAUACAAAGCGGACAAGAAGGCUGAAAUCGAGAAAGUGGAGCGUCAGAUACAGCAGCAGCAGGAACGUGACGAUGAGAUGCGCGAACUGGCACUGAAGCUGAGGCGCCGGCAACGUGAGCUGCGUCACAAGUACGGUACACCGGAGAGUGAGCAUAGCAAAUCGCACAGCUCGGAAGAGCACAGCACGGAUGAGGGUAACGAGGGAGGCAGUAAGCCGCCCCAACCGCCUCAGCAACAGCUCCAACAUCGUCAGGCACCGGUAGACGAUGGGUCCAGCUCACCCCGAAGACUCCCGUUACUAGUGCCUCCGUUAACGUCGGUUCCUCCGCCGAAGAUGGCAUUGCAUUCCCGGCCUCCACCAACACUACCAGCUCCGGGUGGUCCUUCGAUGGGUACGGGGUACAGAAACAGUAGUGCCGUCAUCGAGCGAAAACCGGUCCUCCGAAGUGCGUCUAAUUUCGGUGCACAAUCCGGAGAUCAUACGGGACAGGGUGGUUCCUAUAGUGAUAUAGGGCGUUUGCGACGUCGCGAAUCUCCUGCACCGAACGUAUCUGGCGGAGGUUCAUCGCGAGGUUACGGUGGGGGUACGGGUGAUAUGUCCAUAUCACCAUCGACGAAUCUUCGCCGUGGCCCGGUAGGCGGAGGUAGUAGUCGGUUCGAUGAUCGUAAUCGUAGAAGAUCACCACCAACAUCGCGAUAUGAUCGGCCACGAUCGAAAUCGAGAGAACGUGUUGCUUCUCGUGAUACCGGGCAAAGUGUGUCCGGGAGUGGUAGUCUUGGUCGUCGUACGGAUUACGGUCGUACCAGGGGAGAUUAUGAGCGCUAUCAGAGUAAUUAUGGUGGUGGACAAGGACAACAAUCUAGUUACUCGAGCGGCGCGAGUAGUGGAAGUCGCUAUCGUGGUCGAAGAUCACGGUCCGGUUCUCGCGGACGUCGAUCCCGUUCGUCCGAACGGCCAACGACCCGGGGGAAUGGUGGUAGUAGUGGAUCCGGUGGAACGGUAGCUUCCAGCCGGCAGUCGGCCCGUUCUCCGAAACCGAUAAAAAAGUUGGUUGACUACUGACAUCUAGCUUUCCGCUAUUUGGCUG